CUUAUAACAGCUGUGUCACUCGACUCGAUCUUCUGUUCAUGGGGAACUCUUCUAAUUGGAACUUGGAACUGAAUUUCUCGCACGCAGGUUGUUCGACAAAACGCUUGUGCAAAGAUCAACAAAUGCAUGUCCUCUCCCUAUUGGGAAAUUGGUAAAUUAACAGAAGGGUAAGGUUUUAGGGUUUCAAUGGUGGGAAAGGCUGCAAUUUCGUUUGCGCGAUUACUUGGAGUUCCUAGUCGCGAAGCAAAUCGAUCCUGGCAGAGAGGACAUUCUCGCUUUAUCUAUGACGGUAGCUUGAGGCUGUCUGCGGCGCUUAACUACUCUAGCACUUCGAAAGUCGCAGAAGAAGCAGAAAUCUGUGGGUUGGAGAAGCAUUUUUUGGUGGACUAUCUCAAAGGCUCACUCAACUUCUCCCAAGACGAUGCUAUCUCCGCAGUUUCCAAGGUAACCACACGUAAAUGUCAAUCCAGUCCUGCUUUAGUUGUUGAUUAUCUGAAAGGGAUAGGUAUGGAGCUGACCCACAUUAAGGCUGCUGUGUCCAAGCAUCCGAGAUUGCUAUUAGUUGACCCUGACAAAAUCAUUCACCCAAAAAUUCAGUGCCUGCAAGAACUCGGGCUAUCCGGGCCAGAUCUUGCCAAUUUCAUUGUGAGAGAUGCUUCUUUUCUUUUUAGAGGACUAGAGACUCAUUUAAGACCUAUCAUAAACUUUGUUAGACAAGUGUCCGGUGGAAAUAAGAAUGCUGUGAAAGCUCUGAAGAGGUCUGGUCGGUUGCUUUCGUUCGGAAGACUCAAACUUAUGGAGGAGAAUGUACGGGUGCUGCGGGAUUCUGGCAUUCCAGAGGAUAAAAUUCAAUGGUUUCUAGUCACAAGACCAAAUUAUUUAACAAAGAAUUCAGACAGGUCUUGCAAGAUGGUGAGCAUGGUGGAAAAUGAGAUUGGGAUACCCAGAAGUUCCUCAAUGUUUUACAGUGGGUUGUGUGUUGCAUCUCAGAUGAGCGUCUCAACAGUGAACAAGAAAUUCGAAAUCUUGAGGAGCUUAGGGUGGAGUAAAUCUGAUAUUUCUAAUUUGGUGCAAAGACAACCUAGCUGCUUAAUGCUAUCUGAGGCCAGGCUGAGGAAGAAACUGAAUUUUUUAAUGAAAAAGCUUGGUUAUGGGCCUCAUUACCUGGCUGAUCGCCCCAUGCUUCUACUGUCUAGUUUGGAGAAGAAGACCAUCCCUAGGAGUCAAGUGUUGAAAACACUUGAAGAACAUCAGCUGAAAGUGUGCUCUCUCUUUACAUCCCUAUUUUUUACUGAAUCACAGUUUUUGGUGCGUUAUCUUAUACCAUACAAGGAUAAACUGCCUAAUAUGUAUGAGAACUACAGAACAAGUAUUGAGCAGUAGAAUAUGUGGCUUUUUCUUCAUUGAUGCAAUUUGCAUCUCUCUACAUCAUUUGUUCUUACUACUCUCACGGGGAUGACUAAUUUAUCUCCUGAACUGGUUUUGCAGAAGUUUUCUUCGUAUUUGAUGAACCAUAACAUCAAUUUGCUUUUUAUCUCCAAUUACAAUUGACAAAGACAUGUUGCAUUUCACCAUUUGAACUGAAUUUUUUGAUCACUUUGAUUAUUGGCUUUUGGCUUGUGUAGUGUUUAAAUGUUGCUUGUAUGACCAGUUUCUUCUAGUUCGCAUGUGCCUUAAAAUUG